UUGCAUAAGACAUUAGUAAAAUAGAAACAGUGUCGUUUAGACCCAGCGCCAUCUUCCUCCUCUAUUUCACUAAGCAAAAACCCUGACAAAAACCCUAACUUUCUCUCUCUAUCUAAAAAUGCUCCGUCGAAACAUCCGAUUAAGAAGAGAGUAUUUGUACCGAAAAAGCUUAGAAGGCAAAGAGCGUUUACUUUACGAGAAGAAACGCAAAAUCAAAGAAGCCCUAGCUGAGGGAAAACCGAUUCCUACUGAGCUUCGAAACGAAGAAGCCGCUCUUCGUCAAGAAAUUGAUCUUGAAGAUGAAAACACCGCAAUACCGAGGAGUCAUAUUGAUGACGAGUAUGCGAAAGCGACCGAACGAGACCCGAAAAUUUUAUUGACUACGUCGAGGGAUCCGAGCGCUCCUCUUACUCAGUUUGUUAAGGAAUUGAAGUUUGUGUUUCCAAAUGCGGAACGAAUCAAUCGUGGUGGUCAGGUUAUAUCUGAGAUUAUUGAAAGUUGUCGGGCACAUGAUUAUACUGAUGUGAUUUUGGUGCAUGAGCAUCGUGGUGUGCCAGAUGGUUUGGUUAUAUGCCAUCUACCAUUUGGUCCAACUGCUUACUUUGAAUUGCUCAAUGUGGUUACUAGACAUGACAUUAAGGACAAGAAAGCCAUCGGAACUAUGCCUGAGGCCCACCCACAUUUGAUUCUUAACAAUUUUAAAUCCAAGCUGGGAGAAAGAACAGCAAAUAUUCUAAAACAUCUUUUCCCUAUGCCGAAGCAAGAUACAAAACGCAUCAUUACUUUUGCAAAUCAAUCUGACUAUAUCUCCUUCAGACAUCAUAUUUACGAAAAGCAUGGAGGCCCUAAGUCUGUUGAGCUCAAAGAAAUUGGUCCACGUUUCGAAAUGCGGCUUUAUCAGAUAAAGUUAGGGACAGUGGAUCAGACCGAAGCACAAAAUGAAUGGGUGCUUAGACCAUACAUGAACACAACAAAGAAACGGAAGUUUAUUGGAGAUUGACAUGAGCCUCAGGAACUAAUCUCGAACUUUGUACCUUCAUUUCUUCUCUGUCUUGGCAAUUUUGGCAUCAAAUAUAUGCACGAGCCCAUUUAUAUUUGCUCCUGUUGAAGUUAUUUUCCCAUCGAAUGAGUCGAUAUGUAUCUGUGCUCUCUUGAAUACUUCAAGCCAUUAACCAAGACAUUUACACGCCCUUGUCAAA